CUUCGAUGUUUCUUGCGGCGAUUAUAUCUAUGGUAGAUAUGUAAGCGUUGAGAAGAUGCAAACUGCAGACCCAAUUGCGCUAUGUGAGGUGGAAGUGUGGGCGGUACCUGAUUACUGGAUUGGUGUCAAUGAACUCGACAGUGAAGUGGGUGUUUUUCAACACGUUGAUGGGUCUUCCAUGCAACAAGAAUUUUGGCAUCCCGGUAAACCUGUAGAGGCUUUCGUGAUGAAUUGUGUAGCCGAAGUAACGAAAAACUAUACAACAUUGUGGAGUGAUUUCAACUGCGAACGUGAGAUUAUGGCAAUUUGCCAACGUACAGUUCUCACCACGACAUAAGCCUUGCCGCCGCCACCUCCUUAAUAGCAUAAAGUAUCGACGCCUGCAAUCACAUUUCGCUUAUAUUCUAGUUGAAAAGUAAAACAAUUAUAUUAUUAAAACAACAUUUAUUACAAUGGUGAUUGGUACAAUGUAAUAUUGUAAUUUAUAUUGACAUGUCGAUUUUCUUGUUAGACCGUUCAACUUGAACAGACAUACUAAGUAUUUGAGUUUUAACUGGUACCGUCUUGGAGCGGUAAUUGUAGAAAACUAACCUUCCAUUACUCUCAUAUAACCAUUUACAUAUACUGAAUUGUAUUCUCAAUUUCU